CUCCGCCAAUGCAGGAGGUCCUUGCUGUCUGGGUUCCGCCCCUGCCGGGAGCUCAGGCCGGAAGAUGGCGGCGGCGGCGACUACGGAGUUGAUGUUGCUGGAGAAGUCUCUGGGACUGAGCAAAGGGAACAAAUACAGCGCUCAGGGCGAGCGCCAGAUUCCAGUUCUUCAAACAAACAAUGGUCCAAGUCUAACAGGAUUGACUACUAUAGCAGCUCAUCUAGUCAAGCAAGCUAACAAAGAAUAUUUGCUUGGGAGCACUGCAGAAGAAAAAGCAAUAGUUCAACAAUGGUUAGAAUACAGAGUAACACGAGUAGAUGGAUACUCCGAUAAAGAUGAUAUCCGCAUCCUAUUGAAGGAUCUUAAUUCAUAUCUUGAAGAUAAAGUCUACCUUACAGGAUAUAACUUUACCUUAGCAGAUAUCCUGUUAUACUAUGGACUUCAUCGCUUUAUAUUCAGAGCACCAAUGGAGGUAUGCCAUUCUUUUAGAAAGAAAGAAAAAGUAAAAGAAAAAGCAGAGCAGUCCAGGACCACUAGCCAUAAAGCAUGUCCCAGAGGCAGCAUGGUGCCAAUUGGAAAGGUGGCAAACCAUCAUUUCACCCUUAUCUGGAAUGGGUCCCUUCAAGUGUUUCUCACAUGUCUUCAUGGAGAAUUAGUCACUAAGAAUAUUAUCUGUUUGGCUUUAAAGUUCAAACUAGUUAUAGAGUGCCAAUAGAAAUAAAAAGGAAUGAUUAAGUAGAAAGAGCCAAGCAUCACUGUUAGACACACUGGCAUGUAGACCAAUAAGAAGCAGGAAGUGGUAACUAGAACCAUUGCAUUAUUUCCUGUUGUAAAAAAAUAAAAGGGAAAAGAAAAACUAGUAAAUAGAAAGGGAUGAUGAAAAACCAAUGUGAGAAAUAGUUGAUGGGGCUCUUAUCCAGAAAGUUCUAAAACAACUAAGUUUGGUGGGGAAAAAAUCUGUUGUUUACAGUAAGUUCAGAAAUAGAACAUCAAUGUCUACCAAAAAUGUAGCAGAGGUAACAAGUCGAGAUCAAUCAUAAUUUUCUCAGACUCAAAGGGAAGCUCCAGACUUUAAACAAAAAGGUUAAGUGGUAACUUGAUCAUUUGGGAAAAGCUCUGUAUUUGUAGCAAAGUUAUCUGAGAAAAUGAACAAAUUACAUUCUGUAAAAUAUAGAUCAUCUAGUUAAAAAUUAUUAGAAUAAAUUGGGAAGUGUUAAUGAAGAUUUAGGUCUUGGAAUAAAAGUUAUUUUGUACUGUGGGCCUGCCUGUUAUAAUCCUUAAACUAGAAACUAAAUGUGAAAAUGUUAAGUUAGAGAACAUUUAUUUUGCUGUGUGUUGUAUUUUGUUAUUAUGUUGAAUAAUUAUGUUGAAUAAUAGCCCUGGUAAUGGCAUAUGCUGUCUCUCUGUGAUAGCAAAUGCUGUUGUGAAAUGUAAAUAGUAAACAUACAUUGCCCUUUUUGCCCUUUUUCAAAAUCCGAGUGAGCAACUUGAACAUAUAUCAAACAAGCUUUAGUACUUUAUUGUUUGGAAAUGCUUUCUUCUCAGGGCAUUUUAAUUCAUUCUGAAAAAUAAUAUCUCACAAAAUGGCUGAGUAGAGACUUUUUUAAAAGAAAGAGUUCUAGAGAGACUAAAUUGCAAGAAAGUGGUCAAUUUGAUCAUGUAUUUCAGGUACUAACAUGAAAUCAAGUUGGAGUAAAACCUGCUUUUCUAUUUCCUUUAACUACCAGUAAAAAGAUUUACUGAAAUUGA